GCCCUUCCUCACAACCUGCCUUGACGACGGCCCGCGUCUGCCCUCUGAGGGUUUCCCGCCGUCUCUUCGAAUCGUCUACCGUGGUGAAACUUCCCUCUCCGGGGAUUCAUCACCAUGGUUGACAUGCGGAAUGGCGGAGGCGAGGCCUCGUCCUUCAACGCCGUGAAUCACUCCAAUCAAGAGCCCACGCGCGGCGAAGAGCAUGCGCACAGCGGUGCGUCGAAGCCCUCAACCGCUCCAGAGGAUAUGCAGCCCUCCAAAGCUUCCAGCAAGACACCCUCGACUCGAACCUCGACUCCCGCAGCUGGGGCCUCGGACCUCCGUCAACCCGCGCAGACGGCCACCAACACCCCGUCUGCGGCAGAGCAACCGCUGCAGUCGCAGCCCAUGACGGCUACGACGUCCAAUUCUUCGCACGCCUCGGCGAAGGAGCCCAAGGAGACGGCCGCCGCGCCGUACGGGACGCGAUCGCGAAAUCGCCCAGGCACGUCGCGGCCGAAUUACGCCGAAGAUGUCGACAUGGACUUUGAGAUGGCGCAGGCACCCUCAAAUGGAAAUAUCUCUGAAGCACCGUCGCGUGGUUUUGUGGCUGCUGAGGGCAGACAGUCACCCGGCGUGGGAGGAAAGAAAGGCUCCGGAGCUGGACAAGGCAAUGCGUCGUGGGGCAACAUCGGCCCCAACCCAAAAGACAACGCAGCAAACUUGAAUAUUCCCGGCACCUCAUCUUUCUCCGCGAACCCCAGCGGGAAUUCUGGGCAGCAGCCAAAGCGACGAAAAAAUGCGGCCAGUAAUGCUACCAAUGGAAAUCAUGCGAAUGCAACGGCGCCAAGCCAGGCGUCCACCCGGCGGGCGAACAGUGCCAUGAUAGCCGCCAACAGCACCCGCGAGUCAAACAUGAUGACUUUCUUGAAAUCAGGUUCUUUUCUCAAAGAUGAACGGCUGGUGGCCGACGAUGGCCAGGCAAUAUCAGUCAAUGACCAAGUCUAUCUGGUAUGCGAACCACCUGGAGAGCCGUACUACCUGUGCAGAAUCAUGGAAUUCAUUCAUGUCAACGGUGAUCCAAAAGCCCGAGUGGACUCUAUGAGGGUGAACUGGUACUACCGCCCUCGAGAUGUGCAGCGGUACAACAACGAUACACGUCUUGUAUACGCAACCAUGCAUUCAGAUAUUUGCCCACUCACAUCCUUGCGAGGACGCUGUACCAUUCAGCACCGGAGCGAGAUUGAUGAUCUUGAUGAGUACCGCAAGACGAAAGACAGUUUCUGGUUCAACCAAGUUUUCGAUCGAUUCAUUCACCGUUGGUACGACGUUAUUCCCACGUCGCAGGUCAUCAACGUGCCUGAGAAGGUAAAGAAGGCUCUUGAUGAACGAUGGAAAUAUAUCUGUCUAGAAACAAGCCGUGUUAAGGAAUUGACCAGCGCAGUAAAGUCCUGUAAACGCUGCGUGGGCUAUUGCGCAACAAACGACUCGGUUGAGUGCGCUGUGUGCCACAACACGUAUCAUAUGAACUGCGUUCGCCCGCCUCUACUGAAGAAACCUUCACGUGGGUUUGCUUGGGCAUGCGGUCCGUGUAGUAGGGCCCAAGAGAAGAAGCUCGAAGCUCGCCGAACCCCGCUGGUAGGAGCCGGCAACGAUGACGCCGACGAAGAAGAAUUACUUGACGAGGAGGAGGACGAAGCUGGUGGCGCCACUACCGCACCCAGCCCCAACAACUCCGAGACCCAAGUGGACCUUCAUCCGGGUACCCAGGCCGAAAUAGCACUUGCAAAAAUGUGGCCAAUGCGAUAUCUAGGCAUUCAUUGCAGGGUAGAGGACGCCCUGCAGUACGAUGAUCGAGCUAUCUAUCCCCGCGCCAGUUCCCGACUAGGUCCGCGACAUCAAGCGAACGUGAAUGUCUGGCAUGGGCGGCCCGUUGAAUUAGUGAAGCCCGCGGAAAUCAAGAGACGAUACGUCAAAUCUGCAAGCCACAAGAAGGAUGCAAAGCUCUCCAAAGAAACGGUCGCCGCAUUGGAAGCUGACAAAGCGGAGAGGGCAAAACGUCCAAAAUGGGUCAUGGACGAGCCACCUGGAUACGUUCGACGAGGCGACGACUAUGCGAAUAAAGACUCGAAAUGUACGGCGGAGCUUAUAUUUAAGAUGCCUCCACUUGGUGUACACUCGACACGAGGCGAAGAUGAUGCUCCCACUGUCACCGAAGGGCAAGUGGAGGCUUAUAUGAAACGUGCGAAGAUGUUGGCACGUGACGUCGGAGUGGAGCCCUGGUCGACCAAUUUUCUAGACAAAUGUUUAGCACUCUUUACAAAGCACAACUACGAUCCAGAGGCAGCGUUGAAACAAGUCAAGAAGCUCGACAGACGCAAGGACCUCAAGGAGCCUGAGCUGACUAAAGAAGAAGAGAAGAAGUGGAACGAGGGCGUUGCCAAGUACGGCUCAGAGAUCCGAAGCGUUCGUCUACAUGUCAAAACCAUAACGCACUCCGACGCCGUUCGCUACUAUUACAUGUGGAAGAAAACGUCGAAAGGAAAAGAGAUAUGGGGCUCAUACAGCAACCGAAAGGGCCGGAAUAAAAAAGCCGCCGAGGCCGACGCUCAAACUCAAACGCGACUUGUUGACGAUGUUGCUGACGAUCACGAUGAUUCUGCGUUCGACAAUGACAAGGCGAUCCAACGCAAGCGUAGCUUUCAAUGCAAGUUUUGCUCCACCCGGGCCUCGCGACAAUGGCGCCGUGCGCCUGGUGUUGUCCCUGGACAAACAAUACCCCCCGAUGGGAGGUCUAAAGACAAAACGGGAUUCAUGGUCGCGCUCUGCCAACGUUGCGCAAACCUCUGGCGCAAAUAUGCUGUUAAAUGGGAAAACACUGAUGAAAUAGCUAAAAAGGUGGCACAAGGUGGAGGGAAAGCAUGGAAGCGGAGAAUCGACGAAGAACUCCUGAGGGAAGUCUAUGCUGCCACCGCCGAAGUUGGCUCGAUGAAUGGUACCCCGGAAUACGUAGAGACGCCGCCAGCUAUCGCGCAACAAGUUCUUGAGCCGCCAAAGAAAAAACAGAAAACUGCCGCAGCGACCGCAUCCGCGCCUGGAGCAGAUAGCGGAACGUCGACGCCUGUCGCAGAGCCUGUAUCGAAAAAGAAGGAGAAGGAGAAAGUCGCGCCACCACCGAAAGCGCCCACACCUCCGCCGAUCCCAGCUCAACCUAGGCUUAGGACUCUCGCCUGUACGGUUUGUCAUUCAGCAGAAGGCACACGCUUGGAAUGCGCUGCCUGCCGAAUGACAGUACACAAAGCAUGCUACGGUAUUGAUGAGGUUCGGCACCAAAAAUGGUUCUGUGACACCUGCAAAAACGAUAAGAAAGAGAGCGUGUCAUAUACGUACGAAUGCGUACUCUGUCCGCACAAAGUCACAGAACAGGACCUCUAUGAACCACCGAAGGUCUCACACAAGAAAAAGACUGAUCGAGAGAGGGAGAAGGAGAGGCUGGAGAAGGAGCUUGUGGAUAAAGCAAGAGAAGAGUAUCGGCAUAGGCAACAAGAGAAGGGCCGGCCGGUAUUACCACGUGAACCUCUCAAAAGGACAGCUGACAAUAACUGGGUUCAUGUAUAUUGCGCGGUUUGGAUUCCAGAAACGAAGUUCAGCAGUGCUAGUAGGCUUGACAUGGUAGAAGGCAUCGGGGCACCCACUCUUCGAUACGAUCCCGUGUGCAAGAUUUGCAAGACCAACAAGGGUGCUUGUGUCUCAUGCCACCAAUGCCACGCUAAUUUCCAUGUUGGCUGUGCGCAUAGUGCUGGCUACACCUUCGGAUUCGAUAUUACCCCAGUAAAAGCCACAAGGCGAGAUGCGGUACCUACUGUCACCAUCAACGGAGAGACUGGGACAAUGACGGCUGCGAUCUGGUGUAAAGAGCAUUCCACAAAGACAAUUAUUCAUCCGAUGAACGAGGAGGUAGAAGGGACGGAAAUGAUUGCCUUGCAGUUGUUCGCAAGGGAGUUUAAGCAAGCCGACCUUACACUUACUGGCACCGCUCGCAAGGCCAAUCUUGUUGACCAGUCAACCCGGACUGUUCCGCAACCAGUGACAUCGCAAAACAGCCGCCGAACGUCAACUGUUGUAAAUCAAACUCCAACAUCAGCCCGAGGGCGACAUUCAAACGCAGGACUCGUUAUCAAAGAAGAGGAAUCAGCCGAAUCAGCUGCUGCUAAGCCUGAGCGACAAUGCGCCCGAUGUAAGAUUGAUGCCAGUCCGCGAUGGUGGAAGGUCGACGACUCUACAACCAGCUCGCAAGGUAUCUCUCGGUGCGUAGACGGCCUUGCCACCACAAAUGGUGUCGACAAGGGAGGUGUCUCCUCGGCAGAACAAACGCCACAUCCUGAAGGCUCACAACCUCUUAACGGGACCAUAGAUCAUAAGAUGACUGAUGCUCCGUCCAUGGGCUCUCCAGAGCCGCCUCCAGGGUUACAUGUGGAUACGGAUGUUUCAGUGGUUCGCUCGACAUCAUACCUAUGCCAAAAAUGUCACUGGAAGAAACUCAACGCACCGGAAGAGCCUCCAGAGCGUGAGAAGUCGCCAUCAGUACACCCAGAACCACAACAGCUCCCGCUUCGAUCACCUCCUGUCCAGGCCUAUGUCCCACCGUCUUUGGGAGGCCCCUGGAUGCCUGCACCUGGUCCUGGUCCAAAUAUACCGCCGCUGCAACACCAGCCAACCCCAUUAUCCACGUGGCAUAGUGCCGGGCCUCCACCCCCUGGACCACCUCUGCACAACGGCAUCAGUCACCCACCUCCAGGCCCUCCUAUCGGACACCCUCCGCCGUUUCACUCAUCGUACAAUCCUGUGCAUCAACCAAACGGUUAUCCUCCGUAUUCGGCACCCCAGGUCCAUCCACAGAUGCCGCCAGCUCCCCUUCGUGGUCCAUUUCCACCGCCUACUAGUGGUCCACCUCCACCCCUACAUCUUAACAACUCUGCCAUGAUUGUCAACGGCAUGCACUCACCACGCAUGCCUUACUCCCCGACACAUCCGCACGGACCUUCUUCCUCCCGGUCAACAGAGAGUCCAUUCACCGGACCACCGCAGAUGGCGUACCCUCUACAACACGGUAGUCCAGCCCCUGGUCCUCCCUAUAAUAGGCCGUCCACGCCAAGAGAUACGAUGAUGAGGGAUGUUGCUGGUCCACUGCCUCCAGACACACGGGUUAGCACAGGAGCCAGUGCCAGCCCGUCGCUCCGGAAUCUGUUACAUUAGACUUUUCCUUUCUUGUUCCUGUCUAUUCCAUGUACUUUUUUUUUAAAGUCUUACCGCCUUGCAUAUAGGCAGGCACAGCACGUAUAUGAGUCUGCUUUUAUCGUGAUACUUGGGCUGAUGAACAGGCCGGCAAUUUUAUACCACCGAGCAUGACGAGCAAACCAGUGGUCGGAGAUCGGUCAGUUGCACAUGAGGUACGGA